AUGGGGGAACUAAACAAAGGCAAGGCACAGGGACAGGGGGACAACGAUGGAGCCGACAGCAGCAGCGGAAGCAGCGAGUUCGUUUACGAACCGAGGAGCGUACGAAAGAAGAGAUUCAUGGAUAAUCUGGUGAACAGCUUUUUAAGUGAAAAGAAGAAGAGGAAAGAGGAGGUGGAGGAUGAAGAAGAGGAGGAAGAAGACGAAGAGGGUAGCGAAAAAAAUGACUCAAGUGAAAAUUCCAGUGGGGCAGAAAAUGGGGAUAACCAGGACGAGAAGGAAAGGCGUAAAAAAGAUGGUAAGGAAAAAAAGAAGAAGUCUGUUAAGAAGGACGCAAAUAAAGAAAACCAUGUACAGAUAAACAUGCAGAAGAGCCUCCUGGAGACAUUUUACAAAAUGAAAUUGCAAGCACAAAACAAUGAAGUAGACGAAACUGAGGAAAUUCGAAAGAAGGAGGAGAAAAUACUAGCGCAGGUGUCGAAAGCGUUAAAUGCACCAUUACAAUCUGUGAAAGAAAGAGCGAAAGGUAUCGUGUAUAAUGAGAACUUCAAAACGAUAUGGACGCUACCAAGCAAGUAUAAGCUGCUAAGUGAUAAAUACGUGAGUAAAGUGAGAAAUGUAUUUUAUAUCGACGUAAGUGGUAGUGAUAUUCCACCACCUAUUAAAAAUUUUCGUGACAUGAAAUUUCCCAAGCCUAUUUUAAAAGCUUUGAAAAAAAAGAAAAUUGAUAAGCCUACGCAAAUACAAAUGCAGGGAUUACCAUCCAUUUUGCUUGGGAGAGACAUCAUCGGAAUCGCAUUUACGGGGAGUGGGAAAACGAUCGUUUUUGUUCUACCUUUGGUUAUGAUUUGCUUGGAAGGAGAACUGCGAUGUCCAAUUGAGGAAGGAGAAGGACCACUCGGCCUUAUCGUAUGUCCAUCAAGAGAACUAGCAACACAAACACAUAAUGUUAUAAAGUAUUUCUGUGAGUUUCUACAUGAGGAUAACUAUCCAAUACUAAAUGAUAUGUUAAAUAAAAAAAGAAUGACCCUUGAGCAAUGUAGAUAUCUUUGCUUUGAUGAAGCAGAUAGGUUAAUUGAUCUAGGGUUCGAAGAAGAGGUACGUAACACUUUAGAUCAUUUUUCGAGACAAAGACAAACGUUGCUAUUUAGUGCAACCAUGCCAAAGAAGAUCCAAGAGUUCGCCAAAUCUACGUUAGUAAAUCCAAUCAUUAUUAAUGUGGGAAGAGCUGGUGCAGCUAACUUGGACGUCAUACAAGAAGUAGAAUACGUAAAGGAAGAAUUGAAACUGUCUUACCUUUUAGAAGUACUACAGAAAACUGGACCCCCCGUAUUAAUUUUCUGUGAAAAUAAGAAAGAUGUAGAUGAUGUGCAUGAGUAUUUGUUACUCAAGGGGGUGAAUGCAAUUGCUAUUCAUGGAAAUUUAGGUCAGACUGAGAGGCAGGAAGCGAUUAAUUUGUUUAGGGAAGGGAAAAAAGAUAUCCUAGUUGGCACAGAUGUCGCCUCGAAAGGGUUAGAUUUCCCAUCAAUUGAACAUGUUAUUAAUUAUGACAUGCCAAAGGAUAUAGAAAAUUAUGUGCAUCGAAUUGGUAGAACCGGUAGAUGUGGAAAAACUGGAAUCGCUACAACGUUUAUUAACAAGAAUCAGGAAGAAGCCAUUUUGUUAGAUCUAAAAGCUUUACUCAUUGAGGCUAAGCAGAAGAUUCCCCCCUUUCUGGAAAUGCUGGACAGCAAAGGAAUCAACUUAAAAGAAAUCGGGGGGGUUAAGGGUUGUUCCUACUGUGGUGGCCUUGGCCACAGAAUUACCCAGUGUUCCAAAUUGGAGAGCCAGCGAAAUAAGCAGAUAUGCUUCACCAACAAGGACAUUCUGUCUAGCAGUAACAAGCACAACAAUAUGCACGCCUACACAGGGGAUUGGUAG